CCUACGCGAGUCCAAUAACUGACAUUAAUAUCAUAGAAGCUAGCUCUCAUGGAAAUGCAAUUUCUUGCCUGCAGAAAGUUUUAGAGUACUGGCUAAAGAAAGAUUAUGAUUAUGCAUUGCAUGGCUGGCCCUGCUGGAGGAGAGUGUGUGUAGCUGUUAAAGAAGGAGGUGAUCCAGCAUUAGCUGAUGAAAUAGCUCGUGAACAUCCUCUACCAGCUACCGUGGGAGUCUCUAUUAAUGUUAUUCAUAAUGAAGGAAUGUCACCUGGUUCAACAGGAGGAUACAACUCGAAUGAUAAUGACAUUUUACUAUCACCACCAUCAGCUAAUAGAAGAGAUAUCUCUUCUUUUGAUGAUGCAAUGUCUCCUGGAAGUGGAAAAUCUAAUAGUUCAACAUGUGCUGAUGGAUAUGGCUCUUCUGAAAAAAGUUUCCACUUGACAAGCGAGUUACACGAUCUACAGGAAGAAUUUGAUGAGGCGUUUCGUAUUACAAAAAAAUCCUUUGAAUCAAGUGAUUUACCUGAAAUCAUUGACUACCUCCAAACACAUGUCAAAUCAAUACUUGGUCCUAAAAAGAGACAACAAACAACAGCUCAAUCAGCAGUUAGAGAAGAAUUUGAAUGCAUUAAAACAAUACCAAAACUAUUUUCUGUACUACAAGACAAGUACGUGUCAUGGUUCAACUAUAAACUAAUGAUAAAACUUGUUGGAGUAUUUCUACCUGAAAAUCGUUUGCUGAAGAGAACUUGGUCAGAAUAUGAAGAGAAGUUAAAGGAUUAUUUUAUAAACAGUGGUGGACUAUUGAAAGAUGCCGAUGCUGUACAGUUUGGUGUAAAAGGUGUUCCUCCUGGUACACGAGUAAUGAUUGCUAAAGUUGACAGAGAAGACUACACACUGGAUGACCUUUUCUUCUUUCGUAGAGCAAUACCAAAAGGUUUAGAUGUUCCUGAAUAUGAUCUUUACUUCUGUUUUGUUCACGUUGGCUCUCUCUGUUUGGGUUACCUCAUUCCUGAGUAUCUUUAUUCUUUAUUAUUUCCUCUAACUACAAAGCUACAGCAACAGUUAGCUAGUAUUGGUAUCACUGAACUAAUAUGUGGUGAAGAUAAGUAUGAUCUAAGAGAGUUCUCAAUAAAAGAGGUUAAGCACUCAUCCACUGAUAUUGAUAUAUGUGAUCCAUUAUGGUAUGAGAAUACCAGUACACCAUUACAUGAAGCAGCUUGGAGAGGAUUAAAAGAUGAAGUACAAUGGCUUCUUGACAAGUUUGGCUAUAGCACAUAUCAUCGUGGUCUUCAUGGUUGGACUCCAUUACACUCUGCAUCAUAUGGUGGACACAUUGAGAUCCUUCAACUACUCAUCGAUCAAUAUGUACAAUAUCUAGUAGACACGUGUGGCGUUCCUCCUGAUCAACCAGACAAUAGCAAUAACACUGCAUUACUGUACUCAGCAAUGGGGGGCCAUUCUGACCUAGUGGAAUUCUUCAUUGAGAGAAAUUCUUGUAUAAGUGGAGAGUUAGCAUUAGUCCACAAGCUUGAAUCAUUAAACCUCUUCUCACCAGAUUCGACUGAUUUUUAUGGAUCUGGAGUAUUGCAUUAUUUAUCUAAGAGCAAUAACGUUAAUAAGGUUGAGCUUUUUAAGUAUCUUUUAAAUCGAUAUCAAUUAUCCAUUGAUGUAAAGGAUCGAUGUGGUAGGACUCCACUUCAUAUUGCUUCAUGGUCUCCAGUACAUUAUGCUACCGGGUCAGGUUCUACUAGUGUAUUAAGUUAUAUCAUAUCUCAGUAUAAUCUCAAUGCUAAUGAUACUGAUACUGAUGGUCAUACACCAUUAGUCUACUCCUGCCUGUCAGGUAGUAUUAAUUCUGUUAAAUAUCUUAUUAAUAAUCAUAACAGUGAUCUUAAUAUCACUGAUAAUGAUGGUAUGACAUGUCUUCAUCAUUCUUGUCAUAAUGGUCAUAUUGAUAUCACUCAAUAUCUCAUUGAGGUACAGCAUUGUGAUAUUAAUAAAACAGAUAAUGAAGGAUGCACGUUAGUACAUCAUGCUGCAUGGAGUGGUAACUUUGAUUUAGUUCAGUAUCUUAUUACUGAACAAGGUUUGUCUCCUACUGCAGUUGAUAAGAAUGGCCUCACUGCUUUACAUUAUGCCUCAUGGUCUCUUAACUUAUCUCUUGUUAAAGAAUUAAUAACUACCUAUCAGUUAGAUCCUCAUCAAGCUGACAGUAAUGGUAAGCUACCAAUUCAUUAUGCUGCUGAAUCUGGUGAUAUUUUACUACUGGAAUUAUACAUGAAGGAUUAUAAGUGUAGUCUGAGCCUAACAGAUAACAAAGGUUGGAAUGUUAUUCAUUUUUCAUCAUUAAAAGGUCACACUCACUUUAUCAAUCAUAUCACCAGUCAGUAUCCUCAAUACAUUAGUUUACUACACUCUACUAGCAAUGAGGGUAGGAUACCAUUGCAUUUAGCCUGUGGGAGUGGUAAUAUUCAAUUGGUCACAUUUCUAAUAAAUGAUAUGAAAUGUGAUGUCAAUGCUAAGAGUACACGUGACAGUUCAUGUGUCACAUUUGCCUGUUUAUCAGGUAAUCUUGAUCUAGUACAAUUACUAAUACAACAGUAUAAGCUUAAGCCUAUCAAUAUUAAUAAAACUGGUUUCUCAGUAUUACAUGCAGCAGCACAGGCUGGUCAUACUCAUAUACUGGAGUGGUACAGUCAGGAGUAUAGUGUGGAUGUUACUAAUCACACUGACAAUAACAAGUACACACUAGCUCAUUCAGCUGCUUAUAAAGGUAAGCUACAUUGUCUACAGGAACUGAUCAACAAGUAUCAGUGUGAUGUUAAUGCCACUAGCACUGAUGAUGGUAGCACAGUUCUUCAUAAAGCAUGUGAAGGAGGUCAUGUUCCUGUUGUACUUUAUCUCACUAGUCUUCCUCAGUGUAAUGUAGCAGCUAAGACUUCUAAUGGAUCAACAGCUCUUCACAUUACCUGUCAGCACAGUGGCUCUCUUCCUAUACUCAAACAUCUGGUAGAGAAUCAUCAGAUAGAUCUGUGUGCUGUGAAUGAUGAGGGAAUGGCUCCUAUUCACUCAGCAUGUAGUAAUGGAAGAUUGAACUUGAUCCAGUACAUUAUAGAACACAUACCAUCAUCACUUGAACUACCUCACAGUACAGAUGGUCGUACUCCAUUCCUUAUUGCAGUGUACUUCAAUCAGUUAGAAGUUAUUAAAUAUCUUAUUAGUAAGAAGUGUAAUCUAUCAGCUACUGAUGUUAUAGGGUAUGAAGCAGUUCACAUAUCAGUAUGGAGGGGUCACUUGAAUGUAUUGAAGUAUCUCAUUGAUAAUAAUUAUUGUAAUCCUAAUGCAACUGAUCAUCAAGACCAUACACCACUACAUUUUGCUGUAGCAAAUGAACUGUUUGAAAUAUUAGAAUAUUUAAUAGAAAUAAAACCAAGUUUACUUAUUAAUGCACAAGAUAAAGAUGGUAAUACACCAUUACACUUUGCUUGUAUGAGAGGACAACAGAAAAUGGUAUCACUUAUAACCAGCUCUACUGAUAUCAAUAUAUUAAUUACUAACAAGAAAGGACAGACACCAUUACACUUAGCAGCUGCCUCUGGUCAUAAGGAUACCGCUGAAGCUUUACUGUUCUCAGUCACUGAUAGUUCUACUCAUCAUGAUCUCCUUACAGCUACUGAUAAUGAAGGAUUCAUUGUAUUACAUACAGCUUGCAGUAAUGGCCAUAUUGAUGUGUUUCGUUAUUUAUCUAGUAUUUAUCCUCAAGGUGUUAAUGUAAUGGAUAAUAGAGGACGUGGUUUACUUCAUGCAGCAUGUGAGGGAGGAGAUAUUGGAAUAGUAAGAACACUAAUUGAGACACAUGGACUGGAUCCUUUAGCAGAAGAUAAAGAUGGCAUCACUUGCUUACACUUACUAGCUAAAAAAGGUAACAUUGUAGUAUUCCAAUACUUGAGACACCAUGUUCAUUCAAAUGCUGCACCAAGAGACAAAUCAGGUCGUACUCCUCUUCAUUAUGCAUGUCUCUUCAAUCGUAAUGAGAUGGUACUGUAUCUCAUUAAUAUUUGUCAUUAUAAUCCUGAUGAUCCUGAUAAUAAUGGAUACACUUCAGUUCAUGGAGCAUGUGAAGCUGGUAAUUUUGAGCUAGCCCUAUACUUCCUAACAGAGCGUGGUUGUAAUGCACAAGCUAAAACAAAAGACCAGGAGACCCUCCUUUAUUACGCUAUCAAGAGCUCCAAUUUAGAAAUGGUUCGAUUUUUAACUGAUGUUAUGAAUUUAGCUCCAACUCCUAUUGAUUUUGAAGCAGCUCAGUCCAACAAUGUGAUAUUGAAACACCUUGAAGAGACUAGGAAAAAUUCAAAAAAUGUAGCAGAGAGUGAGACAUUAAGACAUGAUACAAACAAACUUGACCAGUUUAUGAAGGACGUGUCACAAAUACUCCCAAACAGGACAUACCAGAAUUACCUGCUGUUGAUAAAUGCAGCAGGUCAAUUUACCUAAAUUUAAUCAUUACUUCAUCUUAAAUCAUGACACCAAUAAUCAAUACAUAAUUUUUUAUCACCUUGACCAUCAUAUUUUACCACCUUACCACCAUCUAACUACCUUACACCACUUUAGUACCAUCAUCACCAUUACACCAUAUACCCACAAUGGUUACCAAUAUCACCAGUCCUAUACGAUAUCGUAUCUUAAACACCAUCUUACCAUUACACCUAUCACCACCUUAUCACCAUC